AUGUCUCAUCUAACUCGUCAAGAUGUUGAAUCAUGGCUGCCGGAUCCAUCUUCGACGAAAAGCGUUGGGCUUGUCGGCCAACUAUUCACAACGAUAAGCGCCAUCCUCUCAGAUCUGCCAGAACAGCUUUAUGCAAAGGAAAGUGGUUCAGCGAGCCAAAGCUAUCAAAACGAAAGAGAGCGGCUCUUCCUCUGGGGUCAAGGUCUCUCCGCGGAGAGCGGGUCCCUGGAUGAGCGGCUUGACACAUCGACUGAACUUCGGUCGCGCGUCCUCUCUCUUCUUUUUAGCCUCGGACAUGCAGUUUACCAAGCCAGCUUGCGGGGAAAUAGUCCCCUGCCUGAGAGACUUGUCGAAAAAUGCAGUAACCUGCGAAGGCAGCUGGACGCCACACAGACGCUUCUCCAAGACUUCUCUCAAAUAACUACAGAUUUAGAUGCUCUGUCGGACUCAGACAUGUCUGAAUAUGACCACGAAGACUUUCUAGAUGACCUCAUGACAUACAUAGAUUGUCUCCUAGACCUGGCGCCCGCUCUAGAACGACCUGCCCUUGACUUCAAUCGAGAGGAUCCGCCGCCGAUAAAUGUGGAAUUCUUCUCAACCAGCGAUCCGCAAGCCUUGGUUUUUUGUCGGAAGAUUCGAGAUAGAUUCCCACACCUACCCCAGUUUCUUGUCGAACGACUCGCAGACGCGAAUGCUGUCAGGGCGAACGAGAUUCUUCGUGCACAUGCUGCCCAUGCGGACUCUACCGCGAUCGAUGAUCACGAGGCUGUAACUUCUGGAAGUCGACUGCAAGUUUCCGACACGACGUACUCACAUUUUCAGGAACAUGUUUUCAACGAUCUCAAGCCCUAUGUUUGCACCGUUGAAGGCUGCACUCAGCCAGCUACUCGCUAUGCACGUAGCCAAGCAUGGGCGCAGCAUGAAACUAUCCAUAAAAUCCAGGGAGCGACAACAGGAACAUGUCACUUCUGCACAAAAGUGUGUUCGUGGGCGUCUCCUGACUACUUCAAUCAUGUUUCUGCUCAUCUCCGAGAGAUUUCUCUUUCCGUUCUGCCCCCGCGGGGAGAUGACGAAGAGGACAAAUCUGACUCGUCUAACGGAUCUGAAAUUAGUGAUGAUAGCCUUUCAAAUCUCGCAGCAGCAUGUAAACUGCUCGCCGCGGAAGUGGGAUUUGCUGAGGUCAAUGAUGGUUCCCAAAUCCCGGAUUUCGUCUGGAAUUCCUACAAACCUCUGAUUAACAGGUUGGGGAAGACACACAAACUGGAAGGUAUCAUGGACUAUAUGAAAAGGGAGUGCGGGUUUACCGCUAGGUAUGUCAAGAUAUUUCCAACUCAUUUGUCUCAUUUAUUUAUCUAA